CGGAGGAUCAAUGAUGCGCAAUGCGCGUACCUUUAUGGUGACCACGUGGUUCACUUUUUGAAACAUUGGUCCGCCACGCGCAAUGACAAUUUGCCACGUCACAGAAAAGUGCGCUUUUCCCACGUCAAGAACAUGCACUUUUGCGUCGCCACACGCGGACGGUUGGCGGAGCAUUCAUGUUUGCUGCAGCAACCAGGCUUCAAGUUUAACCUGCUGAGGCUAUUCUUCGUGCAGCUGUUCCUCUCAUUGGCAGCCAAUCUCCCUGCUUUCCCUUCCUGUCACUUUCUAGCUGAAGAUAGGCAUGUUUUGAUUCGUCGGGAGCGCUGUGCUGCUGCAUGAAGGACCAAGAACCAGGGCUUGAUUUGAGCAAGGCUGUUUCUUUUCGGGGCCCUGUGCAUUUGCGAUGGCGUGUGCUCUCUCAGCUGCCCCUGCUGCCAUGGGCACAGCGCCCCUUCUUAACUCCCGCAGUUGCUCAAUUGCAGUCAAGCUGCGUCCAGCGGCGCCUGCCCGUGCCAUCCAAUUGUCAGUCAAGUGCCCCCCUCUAGGAGCAUGCGGUCAACUCUUCAUCAACCGAGCAGUCCCACUUUCAGGCGCUAGGAUCACACAGCAGAACGCCAGAAGAAGAUCUCUGAGAGUGUUCGCAGUUGCCGGGGGCGUUCGAAAAGCCCGUCCAAGCCAUGGAUAUGACUAUUAUGAGCUCCUAGGGGUUGGCCCCGCAGCUGAUGCGGUCCAGGUCAAGCAGGCCUACAGAUGGCUGCAGAAGCGCUGCCACCCUGAUGUUGCCGGCGAUCAGCUUGGUCAUGACAUGGCAGUUUUAUUGAACGAGGCCUACUCCAUUCUGUCAGACGAACAAUUGCGGGCUGCCUAUGAUCAAACACGCGUGAUGUGGAUAGAGGACGAUGCAUACACGGGCCAACCGCUGCAUUCGACCUGGCAUGGCCACCCAGACGAGCAGCAGGCGGUGUUUGUGGACGAGACCUCGUGCGUCGGCUGCCUCAACUGCGCACUCAUCGCCAGCGAGACGUUUGCUAUCGAGAACAAGUAUGGCCGCGCCCGGUGCUUGCGGCAGUGGGCCAAUGACGAGCGCACCAUCAGCGACGCGAUUGCAUCCUGCCCUGUCAGCUGCAUCCACCUGGUGGAGCGCCAGAAGCUGCCGGCACUGGAGUACGUCAUGGCGCAGCUCCCGCGGCAUGGCGUAGGAGUAGAGGUGCACAGCGGGGGGGGCCUCAAGAGAGGCAACGUGGACGUGUUCCAGGCGACCGAGCGCUUCCUCACCAAGCGGGAGCGCCGCGCCAAGAACGGCCCUGUAGCAGAGGAGGAGACCCCCGCCCAGAAAGCUGCUCGGCGAAGGGCCGCAGAGGCGAUCCAGGCGACGCAAAGCCUCCGCGGGAUGGACCUGUCCUGGUUUAUGGGUCAGCAGAUCGAUGACCGGCCCCGGAACAGGGCCUCCGAUUACAGAGGAGCGGCAGAUUCGACAACGCAGGCCUUGGUUUGGGUGAGUGCAAAGGAGGCGCAGGCGGCAGCGGCCGCCAGCGAUUGGGCCAAAGCGUACUCGUCUGGGGGAAGGGAGACGGACAGAGAGACGGUCGACUACAAGUACUUUGGAGAAGGGGUUCUUGGGGAGGAAGAAGACCGGCUUCGGUCCGACCCCCUGCCGUACUAUGCUCCUGACGGGGUGGCUGAUGUGGAGGGGCACCGGCCAUCGGAUGCGCUGAAGGCGUUGCAGGAGGCGGCAGCGAGGCGGCAGGGGGGGGCGGAGGAGCCCAGGCAGAGCGCAGAGGCGGACGGGCUGGAGGAUGAGUACUGGCAGGCGCCGAAAGUGAGAGCCCCCAAUCCAGCUGAGAGAAUAACCCCGGCCGGGAGUGUGUUUGAGUACAGCGCAGCCGGGCAGGGCGUCAAGCGGCGCGUCAGCUUCGCCAAGGCGCACGCCAUGAGCAACGUCGUGGGCCAGCGCGUUGACACUGGCGCGAGACAGGGCGCCGAGAGCAGGGCCCCUGAGGGUGUGAAUAGCUUCCAGGAGAGUCUGCAGAGGCGGGCGGGGUCGGAGUGGCUUUCCCGCGUCCCUGCUUUGGUCGCGCUCUUUCAGGCGGUGAGGGUGGGGCUGACGUUCGAGGAGGUGGCGGAAGCAACCAGUUUUGCUGCCCACGAACUGAACCCGAUCUCGGAAGUGAUGCUGGCGGCCAAUACUGGGAUGGUGCCAAGGAUGCUCUUUAGCGGGGUGGCGUGGUAUACCAUUGCGGCAGCUGGGUGUGCGCUACUUGCCGGGGCGCUUGCAGUGGCAGACGAGACUCGCGUCUUGAAUACCAAGGGGGAAACCGAGAAUGAUGACAAUGCCAGGAGUGAGUGAAGGUCGUUCAGCAGUUCUAUGGGGAUGCCUGUACGCUGUUGAUGGAUGGCGAGUUUGUGGGGUUGUGUACAGUUGCUAGAUCAGCCGGUGUUCAGGGGAGCGACUCAGCAGUGCCCCCUCUGGGCUUCUCAAGGGGACCAUCAGUGCAUAGCUGCAGCUUACUCGAUCGAAUCGAGCAUGCAAUAAUGGUUGCGUACAAAGUGGGGGAUCAGCGCAUGUUGUAGAGCUAUGACCGUUUACUGGGCCCUCGCUGGUCAAAGGUAUAUGACUCGUAUUUUAGUUCUGUAGAAGUUUCCACCAGGUUUAGAUGUGCACAUAUGCAUACAGCCCCGGUCGGCUUAAGCAUAGUGUAUACGUUAUGUUCAGUGAAUCUACAUUGGAUUCGCUUGGAUGCAAACAUUUGUUGCUAUCGGUAGACAUAGUAGCCAUGCCUCAAGGUAUGAAUUCUGCCGUGUAAGGUAGGGUAAGCUAUUGAAACCCGCUAGCUUGAGAUAGCUAGAUGUCUCUACUGUAAAACUGUAAAACCUUGUACAAAUUUCUUUGCAUCAGCCGCUCCUAUCUUGC